UAGAAUCCAGCAGACUUCCUGGUUACAGCACGGAGUGAGCCCGAGGGCAAUGAUAGUGGUGAUAAUGGGAGUGAGCGGCUGUGGGAAAACUGAAGUAGGAUCCCAACUGGCAAAUAAGCUAGGGUGGGAAUUCUACGAUGCAGAUGAUUACCAUCCACAGAACAAUAAAAUGAAAAUGGGAAAAGGGAUCCCAUUAAAUGAUCAGGACAGACAACCUUGGCUCUGUAAGUUGCAUAACCUGAUAACGAGUGAUGAAGCCCGUGGUCAUCAUGUGGUGUUGGCAUGCUCUGCACUGAAGAAAGCCUACAGGGAAACGCUGGCUACUGGGACAAACUUAUGUACAUCUGACAGACAGCAGCAAGAAAACCUGGAUCCAGAUAUAUUUUUUAUCCACUUACAGGGUUCACGGAAACUGAUCUCAGAGAGGAUUCAGAAACGAACAGGACAUUUCAUGCCAGUGGAUUUGUUAGCAUCACAGUUUGACACACUGGAGCCUCCAGCAGCACCCGAACAUUUCAUCACAGUAAAUGUGGAGAAGGACGUUUCGCAAAUAGUUUCAGAAAUACAAGGCGUGUUAGAGGGUAAGAUGUAAGACCCUCCUUAUAGAGCAGAAGUGGACUUAUCAAAGGCUAUAUCAUCAAGGACCACCUUUACCAUAAUGUGCCAUUGCCACAAAGUGGGGAGAGGCUCCGGUAUUCCAGUGUGGAGCUGCCUUCCCUGGCCGCCAUUUACUGCUUUGGGGGGAGGGAUGCACAAGUCAUCUUACAACUCUAUUAUGAGAAACGUGCAAGGCUGACACUGCUCUUUUGAAAAUGUUAGAUACCUUGCUGUGUUGUGUUUGGCAUCCAUAGUUUUAUAUCAUAGACCUGGAACAAGCCUGCUGUAAAAGAGUGUCAGAAAUCCUGUCCCCUAUACGUGUUCCAGGUCCGAGAUUUUGAAAGCAUGGAAGCCAAAACAUCAGUAUAACAGCCAGAGAACUAAUAUUCAUAGAGAGGUCAUCAGCAUCAGGCCUCAUACUUUUAUCAUGACAGAGUUAAAGGGCCCAUUAACACUUUUGAGGCACAGAAAUACAUGGCAACCCAUGUUACAUGCAUUGCGGUGCCAUUCAUUUUGAAUGGUACCCCCAACACACUAAGACAGCUCACCAAGUAGUGCCUUACGUUGCCAGAAUUGGUGUAUGUUUGUUUUUUGCCACAUUAGGCUGUGUUAGCAGUCCCUUUAUUUCAAUGGGCUGCCUUAACGUAAUGCACCACAAAAAUGUAAAGGCCCAACUUAAAAAUAUAAUAGCACAUUCUUACUGAAAAAUGACAACAGUUGUGCAAUGUAAUAGACUAACGGGACUGAAACUUUAUAAAGGUGACAUUGUCUUGAGUUAAAGUUCAGAGGUCUCCUGUUCCAGCUCAAAACACCUCAAGGAACCAUAUACAGAAAACUGCACAACCUUCUUUUUUUUUAUUUGCUAGAGAAUAACUAUGAUCAAAAUGUAUAUAAAAUAGUGUUGUACUUGUGCAGGAUCAUUGUGAAAAUUAUUGGAAUGCACUAUUAAUGUCAGCAGGUACAUAGAACCAGAGGAAGAAUUACAAAAGCAAUCUUUGGUCAGGCAAAUGUAUUAUUAUUCUUAAGGCUUACCUUGCCAUUUUAUUCUCAGUGCUAUAAUUCAUUUAACAAUUUUUAAGACUUUUCCUAUCAUGGACUCAAUAUAUCAAAACCUGUUUUGUGUGGAAUAUUUUAUUCUUGCAUAAAGUGCACACAUUCGUGCCUACUGUUAAAUUA